AAUGGUAGUAAUCAGGGAGAUAAUGAAUUUCAAGAUGACUUACCUAUUAGAACGCUUCGUGAUUAUCUACAACCCACUAGGACCAGUAGACAAUUUGUAGAAAUGAUGUGUAAUGGUGAAUUCAUGAGUAAGGAACCAAAUGAAGCUUGUGAUUAUUUUGAUCUUUUAGCAGAAAAUGCACAAGCUUGGGAUACAACAGAUAAAAAUGAAAAAUCAAAAAUAGCACCUAAUGCAAAAGGAGGAAUAUAUCUUAUAAAAGAUGAUAAUGAUGUCAAUGUAAAAAUUGCUAAUCUGACUAGGAAGGAUUGUCCUACAAUCCCUGCUUUUCAAGAAGUGUUGCAUGAUCAAGCAAAUUUCACCAAUACUUAUAAAAGACCAUUUCCAGAAACAUAUAAUCCUAGUUGGCGAAACCAUCCUAACUUUAGCUGGAGACAUGGACCCACUGCCAAUGAAUCUCAAGGAAAUUCUGUUCCUACUCCUUAUGUGCCACCACAUAGGAAAUCCCUUGAAGAUACUUUGCAAACCUUCAUGCAAGGGCAGACUCAAAUAAAUCAGCUCCAAGAACUUAAAAAUUCUGUAGGUAGAAUUGAGGCUCAACUUAAUGUUAGGGAAAGAGGGACAUUUCCAGCCCAACCUCAAUCUAACCCAAAGGGUCAACAUGAGGUCCAUGAAGCAAGUUCAUCCCAACCUAAAUUUGAGCAAGUAAAGUCUGUCACAACCCUUCGGAGCGGAAAAUCUUAUGCAAAAUUUUUAAAAGAUCUUUGUACCAUAAAGCGAAAGCUUUACGUACAAAAGAAAGCUUUUCUAACUGAACAGGUGAGUGCUAUUCUCAAACACAACACCCCACCUAAAUAUAAAGAUCCUGGUUGUCCUACCAUAUCUUGCAUCAUAGGAAACUUCAGGAUACAACGAGCCCUUCUGGAUUUAGGUGCUAGUGUUAACUUACUGCCCUAUUCAGUUUAUGAACAAUUAGGACUUGGCCGCCCAUUUCUAGCUACUUCCAAUGCUUUGAUCAACUGUCGAAAUGGAAUAAUGAAAAUGUCAUUCGAAAAUAUGACUAUAGAUUUUAAUAUAUUUAAUAUUUGUAAACAACCCGAUAAUGACAAUGAAAAUGAUGAAAUUCAUGGAGUUAAUCUGAUCGACUCCAUUGUAGAAGAUGCUCUUGUCCCAUCUCUUUCUUCUGAUCCUUUAGAAACAUGCCUCACUCAUUUCGGAAAUACAGAUAUCAACCAAAACUUUAGAGAAAUAAGUGCUAUAUUAGAUUCAGCUCCUUUGUUGGAUACAGAUAGGUGGAAAUCUUGUUUUGAAGAAUUGCCCACACGCAACAAUAGUCCUCUACCAUCUAGUGUUCAAGCACCCAAACUUGAGCUAAAAUCUUUACCAUCUGAGCUAAAGUAUGCAUACCUUGGUCAAGAAGAGACCUUUCCUGUGAUCAUAUCAUCCCAACUCGAACAAAAUCAGGAAGAUGGCUAUUCAGGUUACAACCAAAUUGCAAUUGAUCCUGAAGAUCAGGAAAAGACCACUUUUACAUGUCCUUUUGGCACAUUUGCUUACAAGAGAAUGCCUUUUGGAUUAUGUAAUGCUCCUGCAACCUUCCAAAGAUGCAUGCUCAGUAUUUUCUCCGACAUGGUUGAGCGCUUUUUGGAAGUUUUCAUGGAUGAUUUUUCGGUUUUUGGCUCCUCUUUUAAAAACUGUGUGGACCAUUUAAGACUAGUCUUAAACACUGACCAUGCUGUCCUUAAGUACCUUCUUUCAAAAAAGGAUGCUAAAGCGCGUUUAGCUUGCGGUGGUCAUUUCUCUGCUAAGAAAACGGCUGCAAAAAUUUUACAGUGCGGUUUCUAUUGGCCCACCUUGUUUAAAGAUUCCCAUAACUUUUGCAAAGCUUGCGAGCGUUGUCAAAAGUUAGGUGGGAUAACUCGUAGGAAUAUGAUGCCCCUCAACCCAAUUUUAAUUAUCGAAAUAUUUGAUUGUUGGGGAAUAGAUUUUAUGGGCCCAUUUCCUCCUUCAUUCGGAAAUUUGUACAUCUUAGUAGCUGUGGAUUAUGUCUCCAAAUGGAUUGAGGCAAUUCCUUGCAAACAUAAUGACCACAAAACUGUUCUAAAAUUUUUAAAGGAAAACAUUCUUUCCAGAUUUGGAACACCUCGAGCCAUCGUCAGUGAUGGGGGUUCACACUUCUGUAAUAAGCCUUUUGAGGCUUUAAUGCGAAAAUAUGGGAUCACCCAUAAAGUCGCCACCCCUUAUCAUCUACAAACAAGUGGACAAGUUGAAGUAUCCAAUCGAUCAAUUAAGAAUAUUCUGGAAAAAACGGUUAACCCAAAUCGCAAAGACUGGUCUUUGCGUUUAACUGAUUCAUCUGCCAUCACUUCAUCUGCCAUCACUGCCCGACUGAAAUAUAGCUGCACUGCCUCCACUAUUGAUCUCCGAAUGAUGCUCCAAUAUCUCCGAAAGAAGAAGGGCGGAAAUCCGUCCGGUCCUGGGGCCUUGUCCUCUGCCAAGGCCCAUACCGCCUCUUGCACUUCUGUAUCUGACACUGGCUGA